AUGGAAUCCUUAGAGGAGAAAUGGAAGAGGUUAAGGCUGAGGGAAGAGGAGCAAGUGGACAUCAAUCUGGAUGAUGACUCUACGUCUGAACUAGAUUACAAAGAACAGAGGAGUUUGUUGGGAAAAAUCUGCUCAUCAAGAAUCAUAAGCAGAGAGGUACUGGAAGCUACGUUGGCAAAGAUAUGGAGGUUAAGCAAGGCUGUGAAGUUAACUGAGGUAUGUUCGAAUGUCUUUGUUUUAAGUUUUGAGACAAUUGCUGACAAAGAAAGAGUAUGGUCUGGUAGACCUUGGUUGUUUGACAACCAGCUCCUAGUGCUUAAGGAUUUUGAGGGAUUCACUCCCAUUAAUCGAGUUAAGUUUGAUUCGGGAAGCUUCUGGAUGAGAGUUCAUGAUUUGCCUCUCUCGUGUAUGACAAAAGUAAAAGUUGCGCAAAUUUGUAGUUCAGUGGGGAAGGUGGAGGAUGUAGAAAUGCAGGAGGAUGGCAGUGGUUGGGGGAAUUUUCUGAGAAUUCAGGUUCAUCUGGAUUUAACCAAGCCAAUUGCAAGAGGAAGAACCAUCAAUGUGAGAGGGUGCAGUUUUUGGGUUUCCUUCACAUACGAGAAGUUACCAAAAAUUUGCUUCUCUUGUGGGUGUAUUGUCCAUGGAGAGGAGGGAUGUACUAGGGAUAUGUUGAUAAAGGAGGGUGAGGAGCAACAAUAUGGCUCUUGGUUGCGGGCAAAGUUUGCUCAAAAACCAAAGGUUUUUAAUGAAGGUAGAGGGAGGAGGGAGGAGUCAAAUUGGUGGAUGAAAGUGGAAGAGAAAAUGAGUGAGGUGGGGAGCCAAAAAAGCAAGGAGAUGACUAAGAGGGAAUCUGGUUGGGAGAGGAGAGAGGUUGCUGUGAGUGAUAAGACUGAGAAGGUUGGAAGGAUAGAAGAGGAGGUAGAAAAAAAUCAAUCAAAAGGGGAAAAGAACAGCACUGAGAAGGGUUUACAGGAAUUUAUGGGUGCGGGGACAGAAAAUAACAGUAAUGGUAAGAACUUGGCUGAGGAUACUGAAUGUAAUGUGCUAGUGAUACAGGAAGGGAAGGAGGUAGAAGGGGGGAGCACUGAGGUGGAGAAACAGAUACAGAAAAAAGGAGGUUGGAAAAGAAAAGCUAGAGAUAAAGGGAAGAAGGAGGUGGUUGAAACUCCAACAGUUAAAAAAAAAAAAAAGGCCGUGAUGAGGGUGAGGUAG